UGGACCUCUUCGGACCAAUUCUCCCCGAUGGACUUCGUUGGAUCUACGGUGGCCGGUGGUGGGGGUAAAGUGGAGGGCGCUCUUCGGUUAGUUCCCCGAGAUGCUCGGCUAACCUGAGUGCGCCCUCCACCUUAUCCCCAACACCGACCACCGUAGAUCCAGCGAAUUUCGUCGAGGAGAACUGUUUCGAACAGGUCUGAAGGUACGUCAGGUCGCACGGGGGACUCGCCCGAGGUCCUCUAAAUCCCAAGGCCUACAAUGAAGGUUCUUGACGUGAAACUUGGCUAGCUGAAAGCUACUUGCAAAGAGAUGUUUUUGCUCCUUCCAGGCACUUCCUUCCUGCUUAUUUUUUCGACAUUUCUCUCGCUGUAGGAUCUUCCUUUGCAAGGUGCACGAGAGGCAAUUAAUAAGCCACGAAUGGUGUCUCGUGUAAAAAGUAUAGGAGGCACUGCACAUACACGGCCGAGAUGGAUUUAUGCAAACGGCACAAGUUUCUGCACGUAUUGCCGACACUCGCAAAACAAAUCGUUUGGUCCUGGCGAGCCGGGAAUGGCACGGUAUUCCAGGUACCGAGAAAUGAUCUGCAUUCGCCGGCCGGCUGUCUCAUCGAAUUGACGAACGUCUCCGUUGCUCUUCUCACCAUCCUCGUUGCAACAGUCUUAAUUUUCAAGUACAGAUGCAGCGCAGUCGGCAAGCUUUCGAAGUCACUCUUGCCACUUCACACAAGCAGGACUUUACUUUGUAUAUUACUACUGUUGAUUCUUUCAUUGGAACUGUACGAGUCCAUAUUGACGUUGAUUUCAUUGUCGUCGACAUUAACGAUGAUUGCCGUACUAUUUUGUUGGAUAGUACAUCGCGAAACCGAGACCAGAGAUGGUUUCGGUACCGCCGUGUCGGGAGGAGGAUUUACGAUAAUUGGCCUCUCACGAGCGUGGAAGUUUUUAUAUUUAUGCAGAUUUGGCCUGUCCAUCCAACACGUUCGCGUUGCAACGACAGGGAUCACCGCCACUUGUUGCGGAUUGCUAGCUAUUAUUGAUUCUUAUACCCUUUAUCGCAUGAUGCAGAAGAGCAGGCGGUACACCGUUAAGGAGCCCGAUAACGCGCGGAACUCCUACGUGCAUUCUACCUCGCCGUUCCUCAGCAGGAUUACCUUCCACUGGGUGAUUGACCUGUUGUUACGCGGUUAUCAUACGCCGCUUGAGCUUCACGAUCUUGGGCAACUUCCGGUCGAGGAGACCACGAGGAACCAGUUCGAACGUUUCCGCGAGAUUUACGAGACCGAAAGACUGCGAUGCCGUGGACGGAAAUUGUCUUUAUGGAGAUGCUUUUGGAGACGGACAUGGUUGACUUUUGCGGCGGGUAGUGUCCUAAAGCUUUUCGGCGACGCUAUGACUUUGGUGGGUCCCAUGACGAUCCCGAAGAUCAUUAGUUAUGCGUCAAGUCUGCAAAACGGCACAGUGGCGAGUGAAAAUUUUCCUUUGAAGGAAGCCAUGACGUUCUCGCAAAUUUUGAGAAAUGGAUAUUUCUUGGGGAUCGUAGUUUUUCUUACCACCAUUUUACAAAGCACGUUAAAACAAGCCUCCACUCACGUGCUCUGUGUCGGAGGAAUACGUUUGCGAACCGCUCUUCAGGCACUGAUUUACGAUAAGGCACUUCGAUUGUCUACUUGGAGCAUCUCCGAGGAAGAGAAGCCAUCUGACAAAAGUAAAGAGCAGCAAUGCCAUCAACAAGUAGCCGACGUUGGAACUUUGACGAACCUCAUGGCCGAAGAUGCGUACAACGUCAUGAGUUUCUUCUGGACCGUUCAUUACAUCUGGGCUGUUCCAUUAAAAAUUACCGCCAUAAUUUUUCUUCUGUACUCGAAAUUGGGUAUCAGUGCGAUUAUCGGAGUAACUUGUUGCAUAUUGAUCGUCACGCCGAUGCAGCUGCUGCUCGGGAAACGAAUGUCCGAAAAUUCCAAGUCCAUAGCAGAGAGAAGCGACGCACGCCUUCGUUUACUUAAUGAAAUUCUUCAAGGGAUACGGCUCAUUAAACUACACGCCUGGGAGAAUCUUUUUGAAGAUCGCAUACGGAGAACCAGGGAUCAGGAAUUAAAGCUGUUAAGAAAAGACUCUGUGUACUGGGCGCUCAUCAACUUUCUGACGCACGCCUUCUCCGUCUUGGUAACACUCUUCACAUUCGGGAUAUAUUUCUGGUUGGAGGAACGAAAUCUUGAUGCGGGGAACGUUUUUGCCAGUCUCGCGCUCUUUUCGCAGCUAACUGUGCCGCUCUUCAUCUUUCCGGUGAUAGUGCCGAUUAUCAUCAACGCCAUGAUUUCCACGACAAGGCUAGAGGAGUUCCUUCAACUUCCAGAGACCGUGAAUAUUCUCCCCGUGUCAAACGAUCGAAACUCGAUGGCAAAUAUGUCAAAGGCAAAUUCAUAUAUCGAUAAUAACGUAGAAGCUGUUAACAGCGUCGCGACUUUUGGAUCGCUGGACAAUAUCGUGGAGGACGAAGAAGACCUUCGGUCGAGUAUCUUGCGUGAAUUUGAUUUACCAAUUGAUUCUUCAGUCGAUACGGUGUUCGAAAAAGAUCCGGAAGUGCCCGAGUCAGUUCUCAAAGUUACACCGAGUACUUUCACUUGGGGAUCUGAUGAAAAUACAUUGACGGUUAACGCUCUUAACUUCCCACGAGGACAACUUACGAUAAUAGUGGGUAAAACCGGAAGUGGAAAAACUUCUCUAUUGUUAGCGCUCCUAGGGGAAAUUCAGAGUACAAGCGGGAGCGUCGAGUGGACCAAAGGUCUGAAGAUCGCCUACGUGGCGCGACAGCCGUGGCUCCAAAAUACAACCUUGCGGGACAACAUUCUCUUUGGGUCUGCGUAUCAAUCGCGGAGAUAUCGCGAUGUCUUACAAGCGUGUGCUCUUGAAUCGGACGUAGACAUACUUCCCGGUCGAGAUCUGACUAGGAUUGGCGAACGGGGUAUCAAUUUGAGCGGCGGGCAGAAGCAGAGGGUCACCAUAGCCCGAGCUCUUUACAGCGACGCCGACGUCAUCCUCCUGGACAAUCCACUGUCGGCGUUAGAUCAACACGUCGGUCAGCAGAUCUUCGAUUACGGCGUGAGGAAGCUUCUGCUAAGAAGCGGCCGAACAGUCAUUAUGGUCACUCACAAACUGGAGCUGCUACCGGCUGCUCAUCAGAUAAUUGUCAUGGAUGGCUGUCGAGUUCGCGCAGUUGGCACAAAAUCCAGUAUCGAGAAUACAGAUUCUGGAUUGGCGGCGGAGUGGCGAAUCGCGGAUUCGAGACGCGAGGACGAGAAUCGCUUUCAUAAAACUGCGAAGGAUAGAUGGUCCUUAAUCAAGCUAGUCUACAGGAUUGGAAUGAACAAAACGAGAAGACACGUUAGCGACGGAUCGUGGAUCAGCGACGUCCACGUGAAUCCGCCAACGUUCGUACCUUUAAGACUGCGUCGAACGACUUUAUCAGGAUCGAGGUACUGGAGUCACGCUCUCACGGAUCUCUCGGUGUCAACAGAGGAAUGGGACACCGCCAAGAAACGAUCGCGGGGGCAUCGCAACAUUGUUAGAUUGACGAGCCUCCAAGCACAGAAACGACCUCCGCCGAUUUUCCGACAGAACAGCACUCCGACGAUUCUCGAAAAUCGACAUGUGCCGCCGAGGAAAAGGAACAACACGUACGACAGCGGACAACCUAGCGGCGUGCUGAAGCAAUUCUUCUCUGCAAGGUACACGGAUGAAGUGGCAACAAGCAAAGACAAAAAUAACGUCCUAUCGCGACUGAUGCCAGGUUCUAACAAGAUUACUCAGGAUCAGCAUCGCCAACUUCCGGCGAAACGAUUGUUAUCGAUGGAAUCGCGAACUACGGUCGAGAUGGACGACAUGGAAGAAACUUUGAACGACGAGGACGUGGAUGGACAAGGCGCGCUCGAAGCCGACGAUAAAAGCGGAAUGGUCACCAGAAUGAUUUGGAUGGAGUACCCGAAGGCCGCUGGAUGGUUACCGGGACUCGUUUACGCCGUAGCAGCGCUAGCCUUCCAAAUCCUUCGCGUAUAUACUGACUUUUGGUUAAGCGAGUGGAUGGAGGAAAGCAUUCAUUCGCCUGCGAAUACGGUGUCCUACUUCAUGGUAUAUAUCAUUAUAUCCGUGGGUUCCAUUCUUUUAUCAAUACUUUACAAUGUAUCAGGACAAUGGGCCGGUACCAGAGCGAGACGAAAGUUGCAUCAAGAAGCUGUUGCUGGACUCCUCGGCGCGCCCGUCUCAUUUUUCGAAUAUAAUCACAUUGGAAAGGUCCUGAGCAGAUUCAGUGCAGAUAUGAGCGUCAUAGAUAAGAAAAUGGCUACGGCGAUCAAGAGAUUGACGUCUUUUGCACUACUCUGCGGCUCGGUGAUGAUCAUCAAUAUUAUUAUUUCACCGUGGUUCCUGUUGGCCGUUGUACCAAUUAGUUGCGCUUAUUAUGCAUUGCAAAAAUUCUACAGGCGGGGCGCCAGACAAUUGCAAUGUCUAGAUGGCAGUACAAGAGGACCGGUAGUUGCAUAUUUCUCGGAAACUUUGUCCGGCCUCCCAACGCUGAGAGCAUUCAAGCAAGAGGAUCGCUUCACGAGGGAGAUGAUGAGACGUCUCGACAUAAACACCAACGCGUUCCUCAUUCUGAACACCAGCAGCAGAUGGUUCGGCAUCGCAUUGGACUAUCUGGGCGCCGUAAUCGUGGCAGUAGCCAUCUCUACGGCUUUACUUUCUGCGGAGUUAUAUCCAAGCCGCGUAACACCUAAACUAGUGGGCCUGGCAAUCAAUUAUACUCUCUUAGUUCCGAUAUUGAACUGGGUGGUCAAGUUCAGCGCAGAGAUCGAGUUGUAUAUGGGGAGCGUAGCCCGAAUUUGCGCAUACAGGAACGCACAACCGGAGAAACUUCACGAAAACGGCUUACGAGUAGCUAAUGAUUGGCCUAACAGGGGCGAGAUCGUUUUUGAGAAUGUCUCUCUGCGCUACGACGCAGAUAGAAAUCCGGUGAUCACAGAUUUGUCUUUGAAAAUACUAGCUGGUCAAAAGUUGGGUAUUUGUGGAAGGACCGGUAGCGGAAAAUCGUCGACCGUGAUGGCGCUCUUCCAUUUGAUCGAGAUCAGCCAAGGACGCGUCCUGUUGGAUGGAAUUGACAUCCGCCAAGUGCCUCUUCGAUUAUUGCGAUCGCGGUUAUCGGCUAUACCGCAGGAUGCAAUAAUGUUUAGCGGCACGAUCAGAGAAAAUCUAGAUCCAUUUUCGGAACACGAGGAGCAAGAAAUCUGGCGAGCCUUGGAGCUAUCGCAAAUCAAAGAUGUCGUAGCUUCGUAUCCCGAAGGAUUGAGUUUCGAGGUGCGAGAAGGCGGCGAGAACUUUUCAGCCGGUCAACUGCAACUGCUUUGCAUGGCACGUGCGAUUCUUCAGCGAUCGAGUAUCGUCGUGCUCGACGAGGCGACCAGCGCGCUUGAUAUAGCCACCGAGAAGUCGCUUCUAAAAGCAGCUGCUGUCGCUUUCGAGGACAGAACUGUGAUCACCAUUGCGCAUCGAGCGGCGGCUUUGUUAGAUUGCGAUCGCAUCAUUGUCUUCGACGAGGGCAGAAUCGUCGAAGAGGGCUCACCGGCCGAUUUAAUGCAAAGACAGAACGGAAUCUUUUCUGCGAUGAUCAAAGCGGUCGAGCAAAACGGCGAGCAACGAUGAGGAAACGUCAAUUAAUUCUACUAAUACGUGGUUACAAAGGUCCGGGUUGUACCUGAAAAAUGCGACGCGACGCCCGGUAUAUCGCAGGAUAAGAGUGCUAAACGAUAAUAAUUACCAAUAUCCCCACGUCGUCGACUGUAUCUACCACCGCAGGAAAGGUAAGCGGUGUUUUUCUGUUAGUGGCACCGAGGCCGGCCUGUCGAUAGCACCGCUGUUAUAUCGCUUAUCAGUACUUUUCGGCCCCGAUCGGAUGGAUCGACGACGAUGUCGAUAAGCCUGACACGCGUGGAACAUUCGAUAUAAAAGAAACCCAGAUGGACAUUUUAUUGACACAACUGUCCCAUGGGUCAUCGCGUAAGAAUGUUACCUUCGCGGGCGGAUGUGGCUAAAAAUUAAUUAAGGCAGUGAUGAGUUUUCAACCCUCUCGAAACAAUUUGUACCUACAUCAACGCAAAGAAUUAUUUAAGAGUGUGGUAUAUUUGCAAUUGUGACACGGCAUUAAUUAUUGGUGAAACUUAAAUCCACAGCGUAAUUCAACAGUGAAAUAUUUAACUGGAGCAACGGACGAAAUCCGACAAUCAGUGACAAACGAUUGCUGUGUGUGAUUACAAUUUGACGUAAAGAAGUUACAAGAAUGUAACUGUUAAUGUAUCUUAAGGACAGUGCCAGUUUUAUAAAGUGAAAUUUUAUACUUUAUUAUACACCGACGUAAGAUCACAGAGAUAAGAGACUCUUUGAAGGAACUCAAGAACGGAAUUGAAGAUACGUAAAUUUUGAGAGGCGAGUAAUUCUGGCAAAUUACCACAUGUGUUAUUAGCAGAUUUUUGCCAGAAGGCAGAAUAUUAACUAUUUUUGCCUCUUGAUGUAUAGAUUUGUAUGAAGAUGUCUAUAAAGCCGUUUAUACUACAA